AUGAUGAGGACGGCGGCGGUGCUCCUCCUCCUCUGCCUUUUCGCCUUCGCCGGCAGCGGCCGGGGCGGAGCGCGGGCCGCGGCCGUAUGGGCGGAGGGGGUCAGAGAGACGGCGGCGGUGGAGGUGGACCCUGCCUGGCGGUUCGCUAGCCCGCGGCUGCGGGACGCGUACGUCGCGCUGCAGACGUGGAAGCAGCAGGCCAUCUUCUCAGACCCCAAGAACCUCACCGGCAACUGGGUGGGGCCCGGGGUCUGCAGCUACACCGGCGUGUUCUGCGCGCCCGUUCCGUCGUCGGGCGAGCUCGCCGUCGCCGGCGUCGACCUCAACCACGGCGACAUCGCGGGCUACCUCCCGUCGGAGCUCGGCCUCCUCUGCGACCUCGCGCUGCUCCACCUCAACUCCAACCGCUUCUGCGGCCUCGUGCCCGACACCUUCCACCGCCUCGUCCUCCUCCACGAGCUCGACCUCAGCAACAACCGCUUCGUGGGCGCGUUCCCGACCGUCGUGCUCGACCUCCCGUCCCUCCGGUUCCUCGACCUCCGCUUCAACGAUUUCGAGGGCGGCGUGCCGCGGGAGCUCUUCGACCGCCCGUUCGACGCCAUCUUCCUCAACCACAAUCGCCUCCGCUUCCAGCUCCCCGACAACUUCGGCAAUUCGCCCGUGUCCGUCAUCGUCCUCGCCAACAACCACUUCGGCGGCUGCCUCCCGGCGAGCCUCGGCAACAUGUCCGACACGCUCAACGAGAUCCUCCUCAUCAACAACGGCCUCAGCUCGUGCCUCCCGCCGGAGGUCGGGAUGCUCCGGGAGGUGACGGUGUUCGACGUCAGCUUCAACGCUCUCGCAGGGCCGCUGCCGCCGGAGGUGGCCGGGAUGCAAAAGGUGGAGCAGCUCGACAUCGCGCACAACCUGCUGUCGGGGACCGUGCCGGAGGCCGUGUGCGACCUCCCACGGCUCAAGAACUUCACCUUCUCCUACAACUUCUUCACCGGCGAGCCGCCGUCCUGCGCGCGCGUCGUGCCUGCCGACGGCGACCGCCGGAACUGCCUCCCCAACCGCCCCGCCCAGCGCAUGCCGCAGCAGUGCGCCGCUUUCUCUGCCCGCCCACCCGUCGACUGCGCAGCUUUCCAGUGCAAGCCGUUUGUCCCACCUCGGCCACCCCCACCGCCAGCAUACCCCGGCCCGUUGCCACCAGUAUACCCCAUGCCAUACGCGUCGCCGCCGCCGCCUCCACGUUACCGAUGA